GACUUGCAGCGACGACACCCUGCGAUUUUUCAACCCUUUGACACGCAGAUGACGCCAAUAACCUCAUACUGAAUCCCUUCCUAUAUAUAUACUUGCAUCAAUAUUCAUUCCCUGGACAACUACGGCGCCCAUGGAUUUCGCAUGCAUAUCCGCCAUGGAACUCUGCCGCGAGCACCUCUUCGACGAUCCCUCUGCUUCCUCCCUAGACGAACUCCUCGCUGCCCUCCCAACUCCACCUCCUUCCCCCAAUCUUCCUCUCACUAAUCUCGACGUCUCCGAUUACCUCGACCACGUUGAAACCCUAUCACUACCUCCCGGUUGCCCCAAUUCCCACGGAGGAUUAAUACCAUACCCUGUUCCAGCAAAAUCUUCCAUCAUCCAAAUCGACCCGGAUUCAACCUCACGGCCAUCGCGGAGGCCGGCAGCGUCUAUCUUCUGCGGUCGGCAGUAUCGCGGCGUGCGGCAGCGGAGAUGGGGGAAGUUUGCGGCUGAGAUAAGGGAUCCCACGAGGGCAAAAUCUAGGGUUUGGCUCGGGACAUUUGAUACGGCGGUGGAGGCUGCGCAGGCGUAUGAUCGGGCGGCGUUUGAAAUGAGGGGGAGUAAAGCGAUUCUGAAUUUUCCCAAUGAGGUUGGGUGCUCCGGCGAGUCGGUUCGGUCGCCGGUGACGGCGACGCGAAAGAGAGGGAGGUAAAUAUCGCCAUUAUCUUCGGUGAUUUGUGUGUCAAUUUGGGUGGUGUUUGUAUGCUUAGCGUCUUGGUUAUGGUGGAACAGAAGAAACUCUGUAGCAUAGAAGAGUUACGAAAAUGGAGA